AUGAAUAAGGAUAUUGAAGUAGCUAAGGCAUCUGUCUUGGUUUACUCUGAACCUAUUUUAGACAAUGCAGUAAAAGUGAUAGGACUUGAUCAUAACAAAUAUCCUACUCAUAAAGACACAGGAAUGACUAGUCUUACUAUAGAGGAUUUAAUAAAGUCUAUGUAUACUACAGGAUUUCAAGCAACUAAUCUUGCAUUAGCAGUAGACAUUAUAAAUCAGAUGAGGAACUGGAGACCAUCUGAAGAAGAAGAAGAAGAAGAAUAUUUUGAAAAAAAAGAAGAAACAAGAUGUACUAUUUUUCUCGGUUACACGUCUAAUUUAGUUUCAUCGGGUGUAAGAGAAUCUAUUCGGUAUUUGCUUCAGCAUAAGAAAGUUUCAUGUGUUGUUACGACAGCUGGAGGAAUAGAAGAGGAUAUUAUUAAAUGUCUUGAUGAUACAUAUUUAGGGGAAUUUGAACUUAAUGGAUCUGAUCUUAGAAAAAAAGGAAUCAAUCGGAUUGGAAAUCUUUUAAUACCUAAUAACAAUUAUUGUAAAUUUGAGGACUGGAUAAUACCUAUUUUCGAUGAUUUGUUGGAGGAGCAAAAGAGUAAAAACAAAAUAUGGACGCCAUGUUCUAUAAUUCAUCGUCUCGGAAAAGAAAUAAAUAAUGAAGAAAGUAUAUGUUAUUGGGCAUAUAAGAAUCAGAUACCUAUCUUUUGCCCUGCAUUAACUGAUGGUUCUUUGGGAGAUAUGAUAUAUUUUCAUUCUUUUCAGAAUCCAGGAUUGAUUGUAGAUAUCGCUGCUGAUAUUAAACUAAUUAAUACAAUAUCUGUUAGGGCGAAAUGUACGGGAAUGAUUAUUCUUGGUGGAGGAGUAGUUAAACAUCAUAUAGCAAAUGCUAAUUUAAUGAGAAAUGGAGCAGAUUAUGCUGUUUACAUAAAUACUGGGCAAGAAUUUGAUGGAAGUGAUAGUGGUGCUAGACCUGAUGAAGCUGUUAGCUGGGGGAAAAUCAAGCCAAAUGCUAAGAUGAUAAAGUUAUACACGGAUGCAAGUAUAGUGUUUCCUAUGAUUGUAGCUGCCACAUUUGCAAAAGAUUGA